AGACACUUCAUUAUCUUUCCAAACUCGACGUGAUUCUACCAAAUCUUACACAUUCAGACACGACAAAGCAGAAUACGCAUCUCUCAAUCAAUAUGGCAAGCCACCCUUCAGACCCUGCCAAUGGAGCCGCACUCGGCGGCGCUCCUAUUGCCCAGAUCUCGACCAUCUCGCUGGCUCGGCUCCACAAGAAAGAUCCCGCUGAGAUUGCUCUCCUCAACAAAGUGUGCUCAGAGGCAGGCUUUUUUUACCUUGACUUUCGUGGAGAUACGGAGAGCAAAGGUGUGCUUGCACAUCUCUCCGACGUCAAUACGGCAGUUGAGAAGUACUUCGACCAGCCCGGCGUGGCCAAGGCAGGGGACGCCAGGCUUGACAUCAAACCUUCCCAGGAUCUCGGAUAUAAGAGGGGCCGUGGCGGUGAGUCGUUUGAGAUAUCACGAGACGAAAUUACAUCAGAUAGCGCUUCUAUCUCGAAAAUACCGGAGCUGUUCCAGCAUGAUUGGGCCAAGAUCAGCAGCUUCAUCGCUGGUUGUGACGAGGCUUGCUUGACGUUGCUCAAAAGUCUCUCGGAAGAUUUCCUGCUGCACCACCGUGCCGAUCACCCCAGCGACACUGGACUGAAAUUUGUCCUGCACCCAUCCCUGGCUCGGUUGUCAGACGUUGGCGAAAACCUACACACGGACAGCGGAACCCUGACCCUUCUGUUUUACAAGGAUUGGAGCAUCCAUGCUUUUCUUCCCGACGCCGACAGAUGGGCUUUCAUCCCGCCACCCCCGGAAGGUUGUACCCUGGUCAAUGUGGCCGACACACUGCAGGCCCUCUCGGAGGGGAAGCUGCAUUCACCAAAGCACAGAGUAACACAGCCGGUUGAUGGCGCAAACAAUCGGUACUUCCUCAGCUACUUCUUGAGGCCUGAAAACGGGUGGAUCAAUAAAUGCAGCUCUACUAAGUAGACAGGGCAUGGGGAUGGAUGGGUUGGCCAGCAUCCAAAGGAAUGCAUGUCGUGACAAAAAUGUGAUCUCUCAAGUCUUUAGCACCUAGAAUAUUACUUGUUGUUGAGAAAUUGGAUAGAAG